AUGCGCGCAGUUCUCCAUCGCGUGACCUCCGCUCAAAUCGAGGUGGAGGGACGGAUGGUGGCGGAAAUAGGCCCGGGUUUGGUGGUGCUGCUCGGAUUGCAGGAGGGCGACACUGAAGAUGAUAGCCAACAGAUACGCCAGUCGAUUCUCUCCAUUCCAAUGUGGCCAGGAGAGGAAGGAGAUGCAACGAUUCGACUCAAUGUGGUUGAAAAAGGUUUGGACCUGCUGGUUGUUAGUCAGUUCACUCUUUUUGGUCAGUCGAAGGGAACACGGCUCAACUUCCAUGCAGCCAUGGCACAGGAUAAGGCAGAGCCAGUCUAUGACCUCUUCCUCCGAAAUUUGGAAGAGGCAUACGACCCAGCUCAUGUGCACAAUGGCAUGUUCGGCAUCAAGAGAAUGGUACACAUGGUGUGUCACGGUCCUAUGUCAACCUUGGUGGACUCACGGAUUUCAUGA